CACACUCGAAAGCAUGGCAACAGCAUUGAUGAAUGGCAUGCAUACAGCAGGCAUCUACUCGGACAUGACGGUCGAUGGUCCCGAAAUUGGCACCCUGGUGGCAAUUGUCGACCGCGCAAAGAAUCUGCCCAAUGUUAAGCGCAUGGGCAAGCAAAACCCAUACUGCGCCGCCAGGCUGGGCAAGGAAGCANAAAAGACCGAGACGGAUAAACAGCUUCGGUUCACCGUUCAUGACUCGCCCGACUACCACAAUCUCAAAGUCUCCAUCUUCAACGACGACAAGAAGACGGAUCUGAUCGGAGAGGCCUACAUCGGUCUGCAAGAUGUCUGCAUUCCAGGAGGAGGCAAGCAUGAUGGAUGGCACGCUCUCAACUUCAAAGGCAAAUAUGCAGGUGAGAUCAACCUGGAAUUGACCUACUACGAUACGCGACCACCGUCCGAGACCAAGAGGAGGGUGAGCGGUAUGAGUGCUGCCGACAAUGGACAACGAAAGGCUGCCAUCAAGCGGCGUCCACUGCCUGCCGAGUUGAACGGACCCCCAGCACCCGGCUCAAUCGUGCCGGACCACGCCAGAGGUCCGCGACAACUACCAGGACGACCAACAGAAGAUUGGACUCCUCAUGGCCUUAGACCACGGCCCCUACAUCAUGCCCAAUCUGCGCCUGCCGUUCCUGAAGCACACGACUAUGAUCAUGAUGAACUUGAUCUAGACUACCAUCCUGGCUACCAUCAACCCGUCAUGCCCGAACUGCCGCAACUUCCUCCUACCCGCAAGCAUCGUGGCUCUGUGCCUGCUCAGCCUACUGCGUCUCACGACUACCAGAACCACGAACACUACGGCCAUAGCCGCUCUCAGAGUAUUCCAACUCUCCCUCAUUCUUUCUCGUCUCCCAGUGUUGUGAAUUCUGACCAAGGAUGGCAAGAGCCUUUGCCACGCUGCUUACAACCUACCGUCGAGGACAUUGACGAGUAUGACUACGGCAGGGAAAUGCCUCCGGUGCCUCNNCCCUCACACACUAGAAGCCCUUCCCACACCAGAAGUCCAUCACACACCAGAAACGCUCGUUCCACAUCACGAGGUCCACCUCCAAGGAGCAUGUCCGUAGACGACUAUGCACCUCCACCAGCCCCUGGCUCAUACUACGGCUCAUCCCCUAAUUUCAGGGCUUCAUAUUCUGGGUUUCCUCCUCCGGCCCCCUCUUCAGUGGCAGCCUCAUCGCAUUAUCGCAGUCACUCGCGUGUGACUAGUCGCCAGAGCGUACCUGAUGCAUAUGCCAUGACCCCACCUCGAGCACAUCCUCUUGCGAACCAGAUUCGUCGGUCCAUGAGCCCUGCGCCUUCGGCAUAUACAGAGGAUUAUGGCCAGUACCGACGAUACAGCAACGAGCCAAGCCCCAUCAUGGCACGCCCUCCUUCUCGUAACGUCUCUCCUCUUCCUCCGCGCAACGUCUCUCCGCUGCCACCACGUAACAACAUUGACGCCAUCCGCCAUCCUGUCCGUACUUUCGCCAACGGCAGCGCUUCUCCCUCACCUACUCGCAAAGACGUUCCACGUCCUUCUACUUCUAAUGGCAACUUCUUUUCGCCCGAUGACUUCGACUCCCUCAACCCCAAUGCUUCCUCCAACUCGCCCUUCGCCUCGGGAUCAAAUCCGCACUCACCUUACCACAUUCAAAACUCGCCCGGCGGCGACGAUGAAGAAGGUGCUCGUCCUCUGCCAGACCCCAACGCCAAAAUCGUCGGCUUCGAUGGCAGAGUGAUCGAUCCUAGCGACCAUCUGCCUGUACACAGCUGGGCACCCGAGCCCGAGAAGAAGACCCCGACCAAGAUCUAUGGCUCAAACGGACAAAUCUAUGCAAAUGGUCUGGCAGGCCCCCACGGACGACCUGGUAUUUACGAAGGCCAUCACUCUGCAUACUCGACUCCUCCGCCCGCGAGCCAACCGCCUCACUAUGGCGACAUGUUUGGCAAGUACACUGCACCCAGUGGUGGGGACCAACAUGGAUAUGAGAACCAGAUGGUCCAGCACCAAGGUCCGGCGUAUGGGCAACAUGGCUACGGGGCUUCGGCGUUGAGUAAGGAAAUGGCAAAGAUUGACAUUAGAGGCUCAAGGAGGCCACUCAGCCGGGGCACUGUGAGAAGAGGUGCUUGGCCU